AUGUUGCUGAAAUACAAGCUUCUCACAUCAUUCCUUGCAUUCUCCUCUGGGCUAUGCUUUCAAUCCCCUCUGAAAGACCUGUCAUCCUCACUACUUGACGGUGACAAAGCCCCAGCAAUUACAGACAGUCUCCCUCUUACCCACAGCCUAGACAUCUUCAGCACAGACACCACGCAACUCCUCGCCCUCCACAAACUUCUCGUCUCCAUUCCCUCCGUCUCAAACCACGAGCAUGACAUCGCCAUCUUCCUCAAAGGCUACCUCGAGGCCCAAAACCUCGAAGUCGAGCUCCAACCCGUUGCCUCACAACAAACAUCCUCCUCCUCUUCCGCACCCUUCUCCAAAGCUCUAAAACCUAGGUUCAAUGUCUUCGCCCACCCCAAAGGCGUUCGAGAAACCCCAUUGCUCAUAACCUCCCACAUCGACACCGUUCCUCCCUUCCUCCCCUACAAUGUUCGCGCCGGCGACGAGAUCUGGUAA